AUUAAUUUUUAAAGAAGAUAAAUUUUCUUAUUGGAUAUAUAUGUAUCGGAUGCGUUUUGGGAUCGAUAAAGUAUUUGCACUUUCUAUUUCCGAGUGUAGGAUUCAGGUGUUGUAGGAAAAAAAGAUGAAAGAGAUGAAAAGUGCGCAAAGUGCAAGUUCAAAGUGCAUCGCCUCUUGGGGUUAUUUCAGACGUUUAUAGGUUAUUUCUGUCACGAGCCGGUCGAAAAUGUUCGCGCACGAUGUAUUGCAACAAUUUAAUAUAUUAUUUGCGUUAUCGGGAUAAAUUUUCUCGUUGUGCCAUUUUUUAUUAAAACAAUUGAGUAAUCAUUUAGGUUAAAUUCCAAGUUCAAUAAAGAUGUUGUAACCUCAUGCUGUAACCAUGAACAAAUUUUUCUCGUUAAUUAAACAAAGCUUGCGUUUGCAACUGCGAUGUAUGAGCACGACUGCGAAACCAAGGCAGACACCGUCCGAAUAUUGUUUGCAGCUAGUUAGGAAAAGCGACUAUGAGAACUUUCUGUGUACGUUGUUACUCCCGCAGAGUAUCAGAUCAGCAGCUUUCGUGAUACGUGCAUUUAACGUUGAAGUGGCUCAAGUAGAGGAUCAAGUGAGCGACAAUAAAAUCGGAGCUAUGCGACUGCAGUUUUGGACUGAUGCUCUGAACAACACUUAUAAUGAUCACCCACCUAGAAGUCCAGUAGCAAUGGAAUUACACAGGAUUCUCCAGGAACACAAGUUAUCCAAGCAUUACUUCAAGCGUCUAAUCGACGCUCGUUCAGACAAGUUAAGUAGUUCGAUAUUCGUAGAUUUAGAGUCGCUCGAGAGAUAUUGCGACUACACGAUGUCGUCGUUAUAUUAUUUACUGUUAGAGGCUCAAGGCACAGCGAACGUAAACGCCGAUCAUGCGGCCAGUCAUUUCGGCAAGGCGCAUGGUCUGGUUACUUUGAUUCGUUCCGUGCCGUAUAACGCCCAUAAAAAAGUUAUGGUACUGCCGCAGGACGUCUUACUGAAAAACGGUGUCUCCUCUGAGUCGGUAUUCCGAGGACAGCUGAGCACUGGAUUCAAAGACGCAAUAUUCGAUGUCGCUUCUUGCGCAAAUCGACAUCUGCAAAUGGCAAUGUCACUUAAGAAAACGGCAGGAAAAGAUCUCAACAUGAUAUUUUUGCCAAGAGUCUGUGUAGAGAAUUACUUAGAAGAACUGAGGAAAGCAGAUUUUAACGUUUUCCACCCAGUACUGCAAAGGAGAAAAGGUUCUCUCCCAUUACAACUGCUUUGGCGGAAAAUAUGGCCUUAGUGAUUAAAGUUAGAGAUAUUUGUAAGAUAAUGUUUUAUUUUUAACCUU